AUGGCUGGGGAAGCGAGGUGCUGGCCGGGUCCCCGAGGGGCCGCCGUCCGGGAGGCGGUGUUGCUGCCGCUGCUGCUGCUGUGCCUGGGCGUCCCGACCGGGCGCCCCUACAACGUGGACACCGAGAGCGCGCUGGUCUACCAGGGCCCCCCCAACACCCUGUUCGGUUAUUCGGUGGUGCUGCACAGCCACGGGGCGAACCGAUGGCUCGUAGUGGGGGCGCCCACCGCCAGCUGGCUCGCCAACGCUUCAGUGGUCAAUCCUGGCGCGAUUUACAGAUGCAAGAUCGGAGAGAAUCCAGACCUGACGUGCGAACAGCUCCAGCUGGGUAGCCCUACUGGAGAACCUUGUGGAAAGACUUGUCUGGAAGAAAGAGACAAUCAGUGGUUGGGGGUCACACUUUCCAGACAGCCAGGAGAAAAUGGCUCCAUCGUGGCUUGUGGGCAUAGAUGGAAAAAUAUAUUUUAUAUAAAGAAUGAAAAUAAGCUCCCUACGGGUGUUUGCUAUGGAAUGCCCCCUGAUUUACGAACAGAACUGAGCAAAAGAAUAGCUCCGUGUUAUCAAGAUUAUGUGAGAAAAUUUGGAGAAAAUUUUGCAUCAUGUCAAGCUGGAAUAUCUAGUUUUUACACUGAGGAUUUAAUUGUGAUGGGAGCCCCAGGAUCAUCUUAUUGGACUGGCUCUCUUUUUGUCUACAAUAUAACUACAAAUAAGUACAAGGCUUUUUUAGACAAAGAUAAUGAAGUAAAAUUUGGAAGUUAUUUAGGCUACUCAGUUGGAGCUGGUCAUUUUCGGAGUCCGCAUACUACCGAAGUAGUUGGAGGAGCCCCUCAACAUGAACAGAUUGGUAAAGCAUACAUCUUCAGCAUUGAGGCCAGAGAACUAAACAUCUUACAUGAAAUGAAAGGUAAAAAGCUUGGCUCCUAUUUUGGAGCUUCUGUCUGUGCCGUGGACCUCAACGCAGACGGCUUCUCAGACCUCCUCGUGGGAGCUCCCAUGCAGAGCAUCAUCAGGGAGGAAGGCAGAGUGUUUGUGUAUAUCAACUCUGGCUCAGGAGCAGUAAUGAACGAAAUGGAAACAGAGCUCCUUGGAAGUGACAAAUAUGCGGCAAGAUUUGGGGAAUCUAUUGUUAAUCUUGGAGACCUUGACAAUGAUGGCUUUGAAGAUGUUGCAAUUGGAGCUCCACAGGAAGAUGGCUUGAGAGGUGCUAUUUAUAUUUACAACGGCCGAGCAGAUGGGGUCUCACCAACGUUCUCACAGAGAAUUGAAGGACUUCAAAUCAGCCAAUCAUUAAGUAUGUUUGGACAGUCUAUAUCUGGACAAAUUGAUGCAGAUAAUAAUGGAUAUGUAGAUGUGGCAGUUGGUGCUUUUCGGUCUGAUUCUGCUGUGCUGCUGAGGACAAGACCCGUAGUGAUUGUUGAAGCUUCUUUAAAACAUCCUGAGUCAGUAAAUAGAACAAAUUUUGACUGUGUUGAAAAUGGAUUGCCUUCUGUGUGCAUGGAUCUAACACUCUGUUUCUCAUACAAGGGCAAAGAGGUUCCAGGUUAUAUUGUUUUGUUCUAUAACAUGAGUCUGGAUGUGAACCGGAAGAUAGAAUCUCCAUCAAGAUUUUACUUUUCUUCUAAUGGAACAUCUGAUGUGAUUACAAGCAGCAUGAAAGUGUCAAGCAAAGUAGCUAACUGCAGAACACAUCAAGCAUUUAUGCGGAAAGAUGUGCGGGACAUUCUCACCCCAAUUCAGAUUGAAGCUGCUUACCACCUUGGGCAUCACGUCAUCAGUAAACGAAGUACAGAGGAAUUCCCCCCACUUCAACCAAUUCUUCAGCAAAAGAAAGAAAAAGACAGAAUUGAAAAAACGAUAAAUUUUGCAAGAUUUUGUGCCCACCAAAAUUGCUCUGCUGACUUACAGGUUUCUGGGAGAAUUGGAUUUUUUAAGCCACAUGAAAAUAAGACCUAUCUUGCUGUUGGAAGUAUGAAGACCUUGAUGUUGAACGUGUCCUUGUUUAAUGCUGGAGAUGAUGCGUACGAAACGACUCUGCACAUCAGACUCCCCUCCGGUCUUUACUUCGUUAAGAUUUUAGAUCUGGAAGAGAAACAAAUAAACUGUGAAGUAACAGACAGUGCUGGCUUAGUAAAACUCGACUGCAGUGUUGGAUAUAUAUAUGUAGAUCACCUAUCAAGGAUAGAUAUUAGCUUUCUCCUGGAUGGGAGCUCACUCAGCAGAGCAGAAGAGGAUCUCAACAUCACAGUGCAUGCCACUUGUGCAAAUGAAGGAGAAAUGGACAAUCUGAAGCGUAACAAAGUGACUUUAGCAAUACCUCUCAAGUAUGAAGUUAUGCUAUCUGUUCAUGGGUUUGUAAACCCAACUUCAUUUGUGUAUGGACCAAAGGAAGAAAAUGAGCCUGAAACAUGCAUGUCAGAGAAAAUGAACUUCACUUUUCAUGUUAUCAACACUGGCCAUAGCAUGGCUCCAAAUGUUAGUGUGGAAAUAAUGGUACCAAAUUCUUUUGCCCCCCAAACUGAUAAGCUGUUCAACCUUUUGGAUGUCCAGACUACUGCUGGAGAUUGCCAUUUUAAAAGUUAUCAAAGAAAGUGUGCAUUAGAGCAGGAUAAAGGUCCACUGGAGACCCUGAAAGACAUUUUCAGAUUCUUGUCAAAGACUGAUAAGAAGCUAUUGUUCUGCAUAAAAGCUGAUCCAUACUGUUUAAGUCUUUUAUGUAAUUUUGGGAAUAUGGAAAGUGGAAAAGAAGCCAGUGUUCACAUGCAGUUGGAAGGCCGCCCAUCUCUUUCAGAAAUGGAUGAGACUUCAGUGCUCACAUUUGAGAUAAGAGCAACGGCUUUUCCAGAGCCUAAUCCAAAAGUUAUUGAACUAAACAAGGAUGAAAAUGUUGCACAUGUUUUCCUUGAAGGACUACAUCAUCAAAGACCCAAACGUCAUUUCACAAUAGCAAUUAUUUCAAGUAGCUUGCUACUUGGCCUUAUUUUACUUUUAUUGAUUUCGUAUGUUAUGUGGAAGGUUGGUUUCUUUAAAAGACAGUACAAAUCUAUCCUACAAGAAGAAAACAGAAGAGACAGUUGGAGUUACGUUAACAGCAAAAGCAAUGAUGAUGAUUGAAGACAUCUUUCAAAUUGAGAGGACAACGGACUCAGGUUAACCAAA